AUGACAUCAUUUUUACUCUUCAAUCCUGGAAGUUUGCAGCAACAGCAACAACCACACUCUUUUUCAAAAGAUUUUAUCAACAAUAACAAUAAUAAUAAUAAUAAUUGUCAAUCAUCAUUUUCAACACCAUUAGGAGGUAGUAAUGGUAUUAAUAAUCCAAAUGCAACAACCAACAACACCACCACAACAACAACUACCACAACAACAACAACCAAUCCAUUAAGUGGUAGCACUGGAAUCAAUAACUCAAAUAUUGAAGUAAUUGAUAUUGAUCAAUGUUUAAAGCAUUGUGGAUGUCGUAACCCAAAGGAAUUAAUUCAAUUGAUUCGUUCUGAUGCAAUUGAAAACGUUGAAAUUUCAUGGCCAGAUGAUAUGGGUUUAUGGUACAUGAAUACAAUCAAAUCGCAUGAGGUUAGUCUUCAAAACUUGGUUGAAGGUGUAAGAGUAGCAGGUCAAUUAUUAUUAUUGGACCCAACAUCUGCACGUUUUGAUCUCUCAAAGAAACAAAAGACCAUUGUUGUCCGUUCAGUCAACAUUGAUCGUUCAUCAUCAAGUCUCUCAUCAGAGGAUGAUGAUUGUUGUUAUGAAACAGAAGAGGAUGACAAUGGUGAAGAUGGUGAGGUCGUUAGAUCACCACAAUCCAAAUUUUCACUUCUAUUGGAUGAGAGUGAAAAAUUCAGAAAAAGCUUCUCACUCAAGAAAUCAUCAAGAUCAGCAUUUAAAAAGAAUAAAAAGGAUUAUCAUCAUGGCUCUAGCGCAGGAGGAGGAGGAAGUAGUGGUGGAGUUGUGGUAUUACAUUAUGAUAAUAAUGGAAAUCAAUUACACUAUAGCAAUUCAAUGACUGACAACAAUAGUCGCCAUCACCAACAUGGUGGAGUUGGUGAUGGUUAUCCUCAUUCUCCACCUGCAGCAGGAGGAAAAUCAUUGGGAAAGAGAGGUUAUCAACAAUGGAGCAAUAGUAACAACAAUAACAACAACAACAACAACAAUAAUAACAACAACAAUGGUGCUAGUGGUUUUGUUCAAAGUGAUGAAGAUUUGGAUGCAUCGUGGUUGGAAGAGAUAAAGAGAAAUCGUGCAGAGGUUGUACCAGAUCUCAGUAGUCCGGCACUUUUCUCUAUGGAUAAACGCUCUCCAAGUCCGACUUUGGGUAGUUCGUGUGGUUCAUCAAGUCCUGGUUUAAAUAAUUCCGGUAAUGAAAUGAAUAACAGUCAAGACUCUCCUCUUGGGGUAAGUGGUGGCAAUGGCAACAGUCUCAAUAUUAGCUCGGGCAUUCAAUGUCCGCCUGGUGCCAAUAUCGAUUCUGCUGAAAAAGCAAUUUUAGAAGGUCAAAUCCAUUUGCCACCUUUAUUAAGACCAAGACAAUAUCACGCCUGCAAAACCUCCAAAGAAAACAGGCCAACUAAAAGAAGAAAGAACCAUACCUCUUUAUUCUGUAGACAUUGUGGUACCACUGAUACACCAGAAUGGAGAAGAGGUCCCGAUGGUCGUAAAUCACUUUGCAAUGCAUGUGGUCUCCAUUACUCAAAAUUGGUUAAAAGAGAAAAUAUGGCAGUACCUGAAUUAUCUAGAACCUUUGAAUUAUCUGAAAUUUUAAACCCUUCCGAUUAA